CCUCUCUUCCUUCAUAAACAAAGCCUCUGGAUUCCAAAUCAAAUUAGCAGCCAUAACUUUGCCACGCACAGUUUUUCGGAGAGAAAAAUGGCCAAGGCCAUGAUAGCAUCUCAACCUUUACUCUGCAACCUCUCCUUUCCAGUGAUUAAACCCUACGCUCUAACUUCUCCCCUCUCUCCUUUUCGUUUCUUCAGACCACAACAACCACUUCUCUCUCCUUUAAUCUCCACCCCCACUCCCUUCUCACUCUCACCCAAUCGCCGGAAUUGUUCUCUUACCCGCCCUGCCGCUCGCAAGAAACCCACAUUCGUCGAUUCUGCAGAUUUUUCCAACGAGGGCAAUUCCGAUGUCCGACGGUUGCUUCAAAUUCUGCUCUGGGGUGCUGAGGCUGUUUACAUUUUGUGGCUAUUUCUCCUUCCUUAUGCUCCGGGAGAUCCCGUGUGGGCAAUCAGUUCAGAGACUGUGAAUUCUCUUGUGGGUCUUUCUCUGAAUUUCUUCUUUGUAUUGCCUGCUAUGAACUCUGUGGGCAUUCGUGUGAUUGAUGCUCCUGUUCUUCACCCAAUGUCUGAGGGAUUGUUCAAUUUUGUCAUUGCAUGGACGCUCAUGUUUGCUCCCCUGCUAUUCACGGAUCGAAAGAGGGACCAAUACAGUGGUUCGUUGGACUUAUUGUGGGGCUUCCAGAUGUUCCUUACAAACACCUUUUUGAUACCUUAUAUGGCCAUCCGGCUUAAUGAGGCUAGUGAAUACUCUGCCCCGCAACCGCAGUCGAAGCUGGGCACUUUGAUGACCAAUGGAGCUCCUGUCGUUGGCGUGAUCGGUGGUGCAAUAUGCAUCAUAUCGAUAAUAUGGUCGUUCGUUGGUCGAGCAGAUGGUAACUUUGGAGGUGUAGCAGAGAGAUGGGAGUUCUUGAUCCAAUAUCUAUCUUCAGAGAGGUUAGCUUAUGCUUUUAUUUGGGAUAUUUGCCUUUACAGUGUAUUCCAGCCUUGGUUGAUUGGAGGAAACCUUCAAAAUGUUAAGGAGAGCAAGGUUGGAGUGGUUGAAAACCCUAACAAAUUGGUAUUAGAGCUAGUCCAUCAUGGCCAGAAUAAGAUCCAUGGCUCAAAAGCAAUUAGAAGAGCGUGUAGAAAGCCAUGAGAAGGAAAUGCCAAAAAUCAAGGAGAUGAUCAUUACAUUGAAAAUGAGUGUGGAAAGGCUUACUGAUGAGAUCAAAGAAAAUAAUAGUGACAAAAUAAGGGAGGAAUCAAGUCGUCGGAUGGGUCUGACUACAAGAUGAAAGGGAAAAUAGAAGAAGUUGAGGCAACGACUACCGUGGGAGGAGGAUCAUUUAACAAAAAUUAAAUACAAGAAGUUAGAGAUACAAAUAUUCGCAGGGGAAAAUCUAGAAAGUUGGGUGUAUAAAAGAAUAUAAGAAGCAUCUGACUCCUUCAUGCAGGCCCCACUUGGCUCGGGGGGAUAUAGCUCAGUUGGUAGAGCUUUGCUAUUGCAAUUGGGUCGUUGCGAUUACAGGUUUUUUCAAAAUAAAUGAGCUAUCAAACGGGAAGAAGGUGAAGGUCGCAGUCGUUAGCUUUGCGCAAGACGAAGUUAAUUGGUUUUGUUGGAGUAAUAACAGAACGAAAUUGGUAUCGUGGGAUGAUCUGAAACAACGGAUGUUCAAACAUUUUCAGCUCACUGGAGAAGGGAGUUUAGAGGCAAGACUUAUCAGAAUCCAACAAGACGGUACUUACCUGAAAUAUUUGAAGAAAUUCCUAAAUUAUUCAGCACCCUUGCUGAAGA